AUGGGACAAAAAAAGCCUGGUGAAAUUCCCAAUGAUGACGAUGAAAUUCUUAAAGAUGAUGAAAAUAGCGAAAAGAUUUCUAAUAAUACCCAUGUUAAUGAAAAGACAUCUAUUAGUGUUCAAGUUGAUGAAGACCUUCCUAUCCUCCUAAAACUUCCCACAAAUAUGAAACUAAAUCAUAUACGGACUAUGCUAGAGGAAGAACCAGAAAUCAAAAUGAAUUGCGAUAUGUAUUUUAUGAAUGAAACUUCUCGAGUCCUGCGGGGUCAUGAAUCCGGGUUUCGCCUGUUUGAAAUCCUCAUCGGUGAAAAUGGUUUAAAAAUCCAAAAGAAUUAUUGGGCAAAGAUAAAAGAAAAUUGUAAAAUUGAAUAUGGGAUAAAUUUCACACCAACAGGACCAUUAAAUGGAAAAAAAAGAGUCGUUGAAAUUUCAAAUCACUCAAUGACUCCAACGAAAACUGGAUACGAUCAAAUAAUAAAAUGCGAAAAAGAAGAAGAGAAUUUUUAUGUAAAAAAUUAUCUUGCCGAGUCAUGCUUUAAGACACCAUUACCAGGUUUAAAAAUCGGCUUAUCAGCGCAAUCAAAAUCACAAGAAAAUAUUACCGAAUUUACGGUUUAUCAUAGAAUGAAAAGAGCAAAGGAAAUAGUAACAUUAAAUGAUAUAAAACCAACUAAGGAAUUUACUGAUGCUGUGGAUAAAGCGCUCGAAUCUAAAGAGCGCGAAUCACUCGUAAACGUUGCUAAAGAUUACGGGCUAUUUUUUUGUAAAAGCUUUGAAGUUGGUGGUAUUAUCCUGUCUAUCAAACAAGACAAAGAAAUUAACACAAAUAUCACAGAGUUCAAGGAAAUAAACGCACAGUUUGAUCUGACUGCAAAUAGUCAAAUUAGAAUGGAAGGAAGUCGAGAAACUAGCCAAACGAAUUCUUUAAAUGAUGGUUAUGAAUUUUUUCAAAUGCUGGGAGGCAUAGAAGAGAGUUAUCGAGAAGAGGGAAUACGCGGAUGGCUCAAUUCCUUGAAGAAUUGUAAAAAUUGGAGAAUUAUUGAAUAUUUAGACAUAUGCUCGAUAUUCCACCUUUUGGAUAAGGACAGACAAACGAGAAUUUUUACGGAAAAUAAAAUCCGUUUUUCUCGAGUCAUUAAUUUCGACGCUAUUUUCGACUUAGCUGAUAGGAGACCAUGUAUAAAAACCAUUCCUGAAGAUAUUAAACUUUCAGAUACUGAUCAAAUGUAUUUAACAAUAAUGAAAGCUGAAAAACAAAGAGGAGACUUUGUCGCUCGACUUCAUUAUAUAAAUGAAAAUAGUCAGCCAAUUAUUCUUGUACAACAAUUGGGAAAGCUAAAAAACAAAGCAAAUUUAAAAUGUUUUUCUUUCAAGUUAGGAUGCACUGUCGUAAGCAAGUCACUUUCAAGUCUAUUCGAGCAAGACUCUGAAAAACUAACUUUAGAAAGUUCAGAGACUCAAUUAAUCACAACAAAAAACCGAUGUUCAGCUGUUAUUAAGAAUAAAGCUCGAGAUCCAAAUACAGGUCUUAUAGCCACAUGUGUAACUAGAUCUAAAAAUAUACAAAGUGAUCCAAGAGAUUCCGAGUUUAUAAUGGGCUCCUAUUUUAAUAUUAAAAACAGCGCUAUUGAGGCUUGCAUGUUUUGUUAUGAUAAACAAAUGAACUUAUACAACCAAUUCGAUAGUUUGCCGUAUAAACUUUCUCUGAAUAACUGGUAA